AUGGAGAGACAGCAGUACAUCAAGGUGAAAGCCACUUCGGAGUCAUAUUGUGUGCUUAGGAAAAAUGUAAGAUGUGAGAGGGCACGAUUCAACCAAGGAGAGCAACAAGCUAAUGAGACUGAAGACUCCUUUAUCACUGCACCAUGUGCCCUAGCAGAAAACUGCAGCUAUGGAGCACUCCAUGAAGUGUUAAUCAGAGACAGCCUUGUAGUGGGACUAAGAGACAUCAGCAUAGAAGAGAAAAUGCAGCUUGACAAGGAUUUGACCCUUAAAAAGGCAAUCAAUAUUGCAAGACAGUCAAAAAUGAAAAAAGGACAGCAAACAGACCUCAGAGGAGAAACAAAGCAUGACAUUGAUUCAGUGACAACAAAACAGUGGGGAAAAAAGUCACCCAAUCCAAGGACCCAAAAUAAGCAGAAACAUCUGCCCAUAGAGACAAAAGCACUGCAGGGUGGCCAGUCAUGUGAUGGAUGUGGAAAUCCCCUGGACAUGGAAGGUGGCAAUGCCCAGCCAGAGAGAAGGCAUGCCAGACGUGGAAAAAAAGUACGUAUGUAUGUAUGUAAGUAUGUUAUGUCUGCUUAA